GCUGUUGUUUACUCAUUUAUUUACCUUGUUAGGAGGCAACAGCAAGGAAAUUAUGAGUUUAUCAUAACUGUAUUGCUACAAAAUACAUAUUAUGGUGUUUUUUCAGUUUUACUAUUAAUUAUAGAGUGUAAUUUAAAAUAUAGUCUCUAUUCCUGUUGCGUAAUAAUACCACUACCUAUUUUCUCUGUGUAUUUAUUAUUUAUUUAUUUUCUCAUCAGUGAGCCUGGACCAGACUCCUCCUCCUCUUCCUCCUCCUCCACCACUCGACUCGUCUCCGACACCCGGAGCUCAGAUUCGGCCUGAAGCUGCACCAGGCCGAGCCCAGGGCUUCUCCCGCCGCGGUGUGAUCGCCUCCUCCGGGUCUCCUGCUCACCUAAACUCCGGUUUUGGAGCCGCUUCCUCCGAGGCAGGAUGGCAGAAGCCGAGCUCCAGACCUUCACGUCCAUCAUGGACGCGCUGGUUCGCAUCAGUUCCAACAUGAAGAGCAUGGAGCAGGAGCUGCACUGUCCGGUGUGCGAUGAGAUGGUGAAGCAGCCGGUCCUGCUGCCCUGCCAGCACAGCGUCUGCCUGCUGUGUGCCGCCGAGGUCCUGGUUCAGAGAGGAUACCCUCCUCCGGACCUCCCACCGGAGCCCAACUCUCCGGCCUCCACGCCCAGCACCAGGUCCCCACGGCAGGGACGAAGACCUGCACCCAGGACCCCCGACCGCCUGGAGAGAGUCCUCAGAACAGUAUGUGGGACGUAUCCGGGGCGACGGCGGCGGGACGUAGCUCCUCCCCCGAUGCUGUUCCCCUGUCCGACCUGCCAGCAGGACGUGGAGCUCGGAGAGAAAGGCCUGAGCGACUGCCUCCGCAACCUGACGCUGGAGCGCAUCGUGGAGAGGUACCGGCACACGGUGAGUCUGGGCAGUGUCGCCAUCAUGUGUGGAUUCUGUAAAGCGCCUCAGUCCCUGGAGGCCACCAAGGGCUGCGCCGACUGCAAGUCCAACUUCUGCAACGAGUGUUUCAAACUGUACCACCCCUGGGGGACGCCCAGAGCCCAGCACGAACACAUCCUGCCCACCAACAACUUCAGGCCAAAGGUCCUAACGUGCACGGAUCACGAGCAGGAGCGUCUCCAGUGGUAUUGUCGUAGCUGCCAGCGGCUGCUGUGUCCGCUCUGUAAGCUACGACGAGGCCACCACGGACACAAAGUGCUGCCCAUAGCUCAGGCCUACCAGGCGCUCAAGGACAAGAUCACCAAGGAGGUGAACUUCAUCCUGGCCAACCAGGAGACGAUACAGAGUCAGAUCACUCAGCUGGAGGCCGCCAUCAAACACAUGGAGGCCAACAGCGCCGUGGCUCUGCAGCAUCUGACUCGCAGCAUCCGAGAGCUGGGAGCCGCCGUGGCCGAGCGUCAGGGAACGCUGGCUCUGGCCCUGGAGGGAUCCCGAGGCCGGAGGGAGGAGGCUCUGUCGGCUCAGGUGUUCCAGAGGCAGGGUCUGCUGGAGCACGCCGGCCUGAUGGCCUACACCCAGGAGCUGCUCAAGGAGACCGACGCUCCCUGCUUCGUCCAGGCCGCCAGGGUGACGCACAGCAGGCUGGUGAAGGCCAUAGAAAACCUGCAGUGCUUCACUCUGGCUGCUGAUCCGUCAUUCAGACACUUUCACCUGGACGCAUCCAAGGAGGUCAAACUCAUCAACAGUGUGGAGUUUAUACAAGCUCCUCUGGCUCCGGUCAUCGACACCCAGAAGACUCUGGCCUACGACCAGCUGUUCCUGUGCUGGCGCCUCCCUCAGGAUUCGGCUCCGGCUUGGCACUUCUCCGUGGAAUACCAGCGCCGAGCCGGAGGAGCCGCGGCCACGUGGGGCGGCACCAGGUCGCCCAACGCCGCCGUGGCCUGGCAGCGGCUGGACGAGGUGAAGGGAACCAGCGCCGUGGUGGACCGGCUGCAGAUGGACAGCGUCUACGUGCUCAGGGUCCGAGGAUGCAACAAGGCCGGGUUCGGGGAGUACAGCGAGGAGGUUUACCUGCACACUCCUCCUGCACCUGCCUUGGUUUAUUCGCUCUGCAUCCCAGCGUCAUCCCAGUCAUACUUUCUGCUUCUGUCUUUCUUGCACCAGCCACUUCUUCCUCCUCCUGUAACCUUUUCUCCUGAUCUGCCUCUUAUCCUGUGUUCUCCUCUGAUCUUUCCCUUCCUCGCCGUCUUCGCUUUUCCUUUUUUCCCGCCAGUCUUGAGCUUCUCGCUGGACUCUCGCUGGGGUUUGCAUGCCGACCGUCUGGCUCUGGGUAGAGGUCAAACCUACGCCCGCAGUGUUCCGGGUCUUUCCCUGCUGCAGGCCGCCGACCGAGCGCUCACUUCCUGUCACCUGACGUCCGACCUGCUGGUGGCCGACCUGGCCGUGACUCAGGGACGACACUACUGGGCAUGCUCAGUGGAGCCCGGGUCCUACCUGGUGAAGGUGGGAGUCGGGCAGGAGGCGAAGCUGCAGGAAUGGUUCCACCUGCCUCAGGACAUGGCCAGCCCUCGCUGCGACCCGGACAGCGGCCAUGACAGCGGCGCUGAGGACGGCCAGGACUCUCCUCCGUUCUGCUUCCUGACCAUGGGGAUGGGGAAGAUCCUGCUUCCUCCGGGACACUCCCAGAGCGACAGCCAGAGCCAGGGGGCCGUCCACUCCCACUCCCACUCCCACUCCCACUCCCACUCCCACAGCAGCAGCAGCAGCAGCAGCCACGGCGGCCUGCCUCACCCCCACACCGCCCCGCUCCCGCCCCGGCUGGGGGUGUGUCUGGACUGCGAUAAAGGCCGGGUGUCCUUCUACGACGCCCACUCCCUGCGGGUGCUGUGGGAGGGCCUGCUGGACUGCUCGGCCCCGGUCUGUCCGGCCUUCUGCUUCAUCGGCGGCGGCGCUCUGCAGCUGCAGGACCUGGUGGCCGACCGGAGCAUCGAGGAGCCGCCGCCCCGGAGGGUCACCAUCCAGACCAGAGCCACCAACCUGAGCAAAUAGACGACAGGGUGGGACCAGUUCACUCACAGCUCCAAGUGUGACGCCUCACUUCACCAAAUGAUACACAAACACAGUGCUUCUACGAGAGGAACUCUGUGCUACCAAGGUUCAGAUCAAAAACACAUAAAAAUACAUACAUGUCGGAUAUAUGUUCGCCAACUAACAAUAUUAUAGAAUGUAUUCAGAGUGGCUUCACCUGUCAUACCUGCUAAAUGUAUUUUUUAAACUAAUUUUGGACAAAUUUCAAGUCAAUUCUAACCUGUUUGAGUCCUUUCUAUACAAUUGUUGAGUGAUUUUUAACUCGUUUCAAAGUAGUUUUCAACUAAUUUUAGAUGUAUUUUAAGUAAUUCUGGGCAAUUUUGACUUUUUGUACAAUUUUUGAGUAAUUUUGGGCAAUUUUUAAUCAUUUUUGACAGUUUAUAGUGCAUUCUAGACAUUUAUUAAGACAUUUUGAACAAGUUUUAAAUCAUUUUCUGCAAUUUUGAGUCCUUUAGGACAAUUUUUAAGUCAUUUGGGGCAAGUUUCAAAUCAUCUUAAACCGUUUUGAAUUUUGGACAAGAUUUCAUUCAUUUUGGCCAAUUUUGAAUCAUUUUUGACAGUUUUUCAUUCAUUUUAGGUAUAUUUUAAGAUAUUUUAGACAAGUUUUGAGUCAUUUUUCACAAUUUUGAGUCUUUUAGGACAAUUUAAGUCAUUUUGUACAAGUUUUAAAUUGUUUUAUACAGUUUUAACUCAUUUCGGACAGGAUUCCAGUCAUUUUUGAGUCAGUUUGGACACAUUUCAAAACAUUUUACAUCAUUUUUCUAACUAAUUUAGGGUAAGUUUCAAGAAAAUUUGUGGCUGCUUUGACAGAUUAAUAUAAACCAGAUAUAUAAUGGUGCAAAUUUGGUCACGUAAAAAUAUUUUUUGACCAAAUUUGCACAAUCGUGUAAUCUGUAUUAUUCCAGCUAAAUUUGGUAUUCUAUUGAAGACCACAUGUACACAUCAAUGAGCCUAUAAAAUUUCAGUACUCUAGCUACAUUAUUUGUGUUAGAAACUUCCUAAAAUUAUUAUAAAGGGGUCCAUAAUUGACUAAAAACUGUAUCAAAGAACACAAAAUUAUCCAAAAUUACUUGACACGUGUCCAAAAUGAGUUGACAACUAUUUGAAUGCGUUGAAACCUUUCUAAAAUGAUUAAAAUGUUGUCCAACAGGACUUGAUAUUGACCAGAAUGACUGGAAUCCUGUCCAAAAUGAGCUAAAACUGUUUAGAAUGCUUGGAAAUUUGCCCAAAAUGACACAAAAAAUGUCCUGAAGGACUUCAAAUUGCGCAAAAUGUCUUAAAACAUUAAAUUUGUCCUAAAUUUGUUUUUUGUUUUUUUAAAAAAUGAUCAAAAAGGCUUUGAAACAUUUCCAAAGUGACUCAAAUUGUACAAAAGGACUCAAAAUUGCCCUAAAAUAACUGGAAUCCUGUCCAAAAUGAGUUGAAACAGUCUAAAAUAUUUUGAAACUUGCCAAAAAUAACUUAAAAAUUGUACAAAAGGACACAAAAUUGCCCAAAACUACUUGAAACUUGUUGAAAACUGUUUGAAUGCUUUGAAACUUUUCUGAAAUGAUCAAAACGUUGUCCAACAGGACUCAGAAUUGCCUGAAAAUGACUGAAAUCAUGUCCAAAAUGAGUUAAAAGUGUUUAAAAUGCUUUGAAACUUAUCCACAGUGACUUAAAAAUUGAUCAAAAGGACUCUAUUGUUUAAAAUGACUGGAAACUUGUCCAAAAUGUCUUAAAACAUGUCUAAAAUGAAUGGAAAAAUUGUCAAAAAUGAUUCAAAAUAUCCCAGAAUGACUUGACACGUGUCCAGAAUGAGUUGAAAUCAGUUUAAAUGCUUUGAAACUUUGGCACUUGGUGACCUGAGGCAGAAUUCUCGUCAAACUUUGAUCCUUGACUGAACUGUUGCUGCUAAUUAUGACGAUAAUUUUUCGUUUAAAUGUGACUCUUAAGAUCUGACUAUAAUAUUUGAUCUGUUCUUUUGCAUUUGCACUUGGCCUGAAAUGACCAAAUCUCUCUUCUGGCUUGUUUUACUUAUAUUUUCUCCUCUGGACAUUGCGGCUGAAGUGGUUUUAGACUAUGCAGAAUUCUGUUGACAGUCCAACACCUUUAGAGCAGGUUAAUGAAUGUCUACCUAAAGAAAAAGAAAAUCUGCUUCUCCCUUUACACUUGUCUUAUUCCGUCCCAGAAUGAUUCGGGCAGCAAAAAGUUGCAUGCAAGUGUAACGAGGAUUGCUAACUUCUACCGUAUAUGCAGAUAAAGUGACUGUCACCUUGUGCAAACACCUCAGAUGUACUGUACAGUUAAGAGUGGAAUUAUUCAUAAACAUGCUAAACUAGGAUUUAUAGUAAAUUUUAAUUGUUCAACAGCUUUUUUCUGAUUGGAAAUGACAUAAAUAAGUGAUAAAAGAUGGUAAAAACACACAACUCUCUUGUAGUUGACCAGUAACUGACUAAUACCCUCAGUUUAUAUUGUAUUAAAAUGAAUUAAAUAUUACCUGGAUCAUUUAAAAUGGUAUAGAAACUGCAUUUUCCCAAAUAUUUUAUCACAAAAAUGUGAAAAAUGGAAGAGAAAAAUGUGCAAAUAGUUCAAAAUAUUCAUUUUUCUUUCAGCCCAGUAACAAUGUGGUAUAACUCUUCUAGUUGGAACCACGACCACAAAGGUUUCAUACCUGAAAGUUGCCCAAAAGUUCUUAAAAAUUGUAUGAAACAACACAAAAUUUCCCAAAUUAUUUGAAAUCUCUAAAAUGAGUUGACCUGACCUACUUCUAGCUACAUUUUGACUUAGAAACGGUCUAAAAUGCUUUGAAAUUGGUCUAAAAUUGCCUAAAAAAUGUACAAACAGACUUGAAAUUUGCCCAAAAUGACUUGAAACCUGACCAAAAUAAUUCAAAAUUGUUUAAAAUGCUUUGAAACUUGCCAAAAAAUAACUUAGAAAUUCUACGAAACGACACAAAACUGCCCCAAAUUACUUGAAAACCAUUUAAAAUGAGUUGAAAACUAUUUGAAUGUUUUGCAACUUGUCUGAAAUCAUUAAAAAGUUAUCCAUUCCAGUGCAAAUUGACUUGAAACUUAUUCUUAAUUAGUUUUAAAAAUACCGUAGCAAUGAAAAAAGGUAGAAAUAGUUCAAAUUCAUCAUUUUUAUUUUAGCCCAGUAACAAUAUGAUAUAACUUUUAGUUGGACCCACUGUCAGAAAGGUUUCUUUUCCGAGACCAUAAUAUUUCAGCUAUUUCUAGCUACAUUAUUUGACUUAGAAACUGUAUAAAACGCUUUAAAAUUGCUUAAAUAUUGUAUAAAAGGACACAAAAUUGACUAAAAUUACUUGAAACCCAUCUGAAAUUAGUUGAAAAUGUUUUGAAACUUGUCUAAAAUUACUAAAAAGUUGUCCAACUGGACUCAAAAUGACUGGAAUCCUGUCCAAAUUUAGUUUAGACCAUUUAAAAUCAUUUGAAACUUGCCUAAAAUGACAAAAAAAAAUGUCCUGAAGGACUCGAUAUUGUGCAAAAUGACUCAAAACUGGUCUAAAAUGUCUUAAAACAUGUCCAAAAUGAAUGAAAAAUGGUCAAAAAAUGAUUCAGAAUUGGCCAAAAUGACAGAAAUCCUAUGAAAAACGACUUUGAAACUUGACCAUUGUGACUUAAAAAUUGUUCUAAAUGACUCAGAAUUGUAGAAAAUGACUUGAAACCUGGCCAAAGUAUCUUAGAACAUGUCUAGAAUGAAUUAAAGACAUUUAACAAUAACUCAGAAUUGCCCAAAAUGGCUCAAAAAUUGGACAAAAAGACUCAAAAUUGAGUUAAAAUCAGUUUAAAAUGCUUUCAAACUUAAAACCAUUAAAAGGUUGUCUAAUCGUAUCCAAAAAGACUUAAAAAUUGGCCAAAAGGACCCAAACUUCUCCAAAUUGACUUGUCCUAUAGUUAACAAAUGGUGUAACAACGAAAAAAAUACAUAGAAAUAGUUAAAAAUUCAUCAUAAACACAAUUUUUACUGUCUUUUCUCACUUUUUAUGUCAUUUCCAGCCUUAAGAAACCUGUUGGUGAAGUAAAAAUUCACCUUAAAUCUAAGUUUUUCAUGGGUAUGAAUAGUUUCGGGCUUAACUUUCUGUCUAAUUUUCUAUCCUAAUUUUUUAAUGUAGCUUCGACAGCGUGAACAUACUGCAGAAUUAGAGAACGUGGACAUUCUUCUGGUUGUGAUUAGUGACGUUCUGCUGCCUCUUGGCGUUUUGGUCUUUCCAGAAGUUAAGUGUGAAACUGUGGCAUCAGUGAUUUGCACAUAAACAUUAAGGAUCGGCUGCAGUAGGAAACCUUUAGGAAACUCUGCUCGACUUUGACUUUUCGAUUGUUUUUCCCUCACUAGUAGCUCAUUUACUUGCAAAGGUUGCGUUCGGGGAAUGUAAGAGCAGGAGUUUUUACCGCCACAUUUUCAGGCUCCGACUGUAUUUUGAUAUCCGGUGUGGCUUCCUGGUGGGUAAGUGUGUGAGCGCUCAUGCUUUUCUGUGGUUCGUACGUAUGUUUGAGUCCCGUCAGGGAUGAUUCGUCCACUCGUCGUUCCAGCGCAGCACUCGAAUGACUUCAGACUGUAGCAUCAGAGAUCAGAAUCUCACAGUUUAGUCUCGCUGGCGGAAUGUUUCUGUCAUGUCAUGAGAAAAACAAUAAAAAGAUGGACAACAUGGGGUCAAAUCUCA